GACUGCACAUUCUUCAUCGCACCUCGCUCUCUCUUCUCCUUCUUCCACCACAGAGCGAGAAACUCAAAACCCCGAGAGAACGAGAAAUUGGUGAGAAAUUGAAAAACUCGUAACCAACUCAGGUAACAGAAUGCCUUCGAGAACGGUGUGCAGUUAGUCAGUUACUAAAAUCUCUACUUUCAGUUACUAUGCAUUUGCGACAACGCCCCGGCGCCGCCGUGCGCGGCGGCGCAGUGAACCAGCCGCGGCCACCGCCGAUGAACUCAGUCUACAACAUUAUUCCAGUGCACGACCUUCUCACUGACCACCCGUCACUCCGGCAUCCGGAGGUGCGCGCCGCCGCCGCAGCCCUCCGCGCCGUCGGAGACCUUCCGAAGCAUCAGUUCAUGGCGUGGGAGCCGGAGAUGGACCUUCUGGACUGGCUCCGGUUGCUGUUUGGUUUCCAGAACGACAACGCGCGGAACCAGAGGGAGCAUUUGGUCCUCCACCUCGCGAACUCCCAGAUGCGCCUCGAGCCGCCUCCUGCCAUCGUCGACGCCCUCGACGGCGGUGUGUUACGGCGGUUUAGGCGGAAGCUUCUCCACAACUACACCGCGUGGUGCUCGUUCCUAGGGCUGAAGUCGAACGUGGUUCUCUCCACCCGCCGUGACCCUACCGAUCUCCGCCGUGAGUUGCUGUAUGUCGCGCUGUUUCUCUUGAUUUGGGGUGAGUCCGGUAAUCUUCGUUUCGCUCCUGAGUGUAUUUGCUAUAUUUAUCAUUUCACGGCGAGGGAGCUUAAUUAUGUUCUUGAUGAGCACAUAGACCGUGAUACCGGUCGUCCGUUUAUGCCUACUGUUUCCGGUGACUGUGGAUUUCUGAAGUCUGUGAUUAUGCCGAUUUACAAUACGAUUAAGGUUGAGGUUGAGAGUAGCAGAGAUGGAAAGGCUCCACACUCUGCGUGGAGGAAUUAUGAUGAUAUAAAUGAGUAUUUCUGGAGCAGAAGGUGUUUGAAGAAACUGGGUUGGCCUUUGAGUUUUGAUUGUAGUUUCUUCGGGACUACUCCGAAGGAUAAGCGAGUCGGGAAGACAGGGUUUGUGGAAUUGAGGACUUUUUGGAAUAUUUAUAAGAGCUUUGAUAGGUUAUGGGUUAUGCUGAUUUUGUUCUUUCAGGCUGCAAUUAUUGUUGCUUGGGAGGGGAAGACGUAUCCCUGGGAAGCAUUGGAGAGUAGGGAUGCCCAGGUCAAACUGUUGACUCUGUUUAUCACUUGGAGUGGGCUGAGGUUGCUUCAAUCGCUGCUUGAUGCCGGGACUCAGUACAGCUUGGUUACUAGAGAGACUGUGUGGCUUGGAGUGAGGAUGGUGCUUAAGAGCAUGGUUGCCCUAGCGUGGACUGUUCUGUUUGCGGUCUAUUAUGGAAUAAUUUGGAUUGAGAAGGGUUCUCGUCGAAAUUGGUCUGAUGAGGCAAAUCAGAAGGUUAUUAUGUUUCUGAAGAUUGUCUUUUGCUUUCUUCUCCCGGAAAUGUCGGCACUGUUGCUAUUUAUACUGCCGUGGCUGCGGAACUUCAUUGAGAGAUCGGACUGGCGUAUAGUAUACUUGUUGACUUGGUGGUUUCAUACCAGGAUUUUUGUGGGUCGUGGUGUGAGACAAGCGCUUGUAGAUAAUGUAAAGUAUACUGGUUUCUGGGCAGGAAUAUUGGCUUCGAAGUUUUCGUUCAGUUAUUUUGUUCAGAUCAAACCUCUAGUUGCUCCAACGAGGGCUCUUUUGAAGCUUAAGGGUGAGGGUUAUAAAUGGCAUGAGUUUUUCGGUAGUACCAAUAGAAUUGCAGUUCUUUUUCUGUGGUUGCCUGUUGUGCUGGUAUAUUUCAUGGAUUUGCAAAUAUGGUAUUCAAUUUUCUCUUCCUUUUAUGGUGGAACGAUUGGUCUGUUCUCACAUUUGGGUGAAAUUCGGAAUAUCUCACAACUCAGGCUUAGAUUUCAGUUUUUUGCAAGUGCAAUGCAGUUCAAUCUGAUGCCUGAGGAGAAGCUGCUAAGUCAACAAGCUACUCUGCUAAAGAAACUUCGCGAAGCCAUCCACCGGCUGAGGCUGCGGUACGGAAUUGGUCAGCCCUACAAAAAAAUUGAAUCAAGCCAAGUGGAAGCUACCAGGUUUGCCUUAAUAUGGAAUGAGAUCAUCACAACUUUCAGGGAGGAAGAUCUCAUCAGUGAUGAAGAAUUUGAGCUCUUGGAACUACCACCAAAUUGCUGGAAUAUUAGGGUUAUUCGAUGGCCAUGUUUCCUUAUCUGCAAUGAGCUACUACUUGCUGUCAGUCAGGCGAAGGAGCUGGAAGAUGAUUCUGAUAUGUCACUUUGGUUGAAGAUAUGCAAAAAUGAGUACGGACGGUGUGCUGUCAUUGAAGCUUAUGAUAGCAUUAAAUACUUACUUCCAAUGAUACUUAAAGUUGACAAAGAAGAGUUUGCCAUUGUGACUAAUAUAUUCAGGGAAAUAGACACCUAUAUUGAGAUGAGGAAGUUGACAGAAACAUACAAGAUGUCUCUGCUACCAAAGCUACAUGCUAAAGUGAGUGAAUUUGUUAAACUCUUGAUACAACCAAAGAAAGAUAUGAAUAAGGCUGUAAAUUUGUUGCAAGCCUUGUAUGAACUUUGUGUUCGAGAAUUCCCAAAGGUGAAGAAGACCGUGCCCCAGCUGAUUGAGGAAGGUCUGGCACUGCAAAAUCAUAAAACUGAUGGGGGGCUGCUCUUUGAGAAUGCUAUUGAGUUUCCUGAUGCUGAAGAUGAAGUCUUUAACAGGCAGCUUAGAAGAUUGCAUACCAUUCUUACUUCGAGAGAUGCUAUGCACAAUGUUCCAUUGAAUCUUGAGGCACGGCGACGGAUUGCUUUCUUCAGCAAUUCUUUGUUUAUGAACAUGCCACGUGCUCCCUAUGUUGAAAAAAUGCUGGCCUUCAGUGUUAUGACUCCAUAUUAUGAUGAGGAAGUUUUGUAUAGCAAAGAGGCUCUCCGAAAGGAGAAUGAGGAUGGCAUUACUACUUUGUUUUAUUUGCAGAAGAUUUAUGAGGAUGAAUGGAAAAAUUUUAUGGAAAGGAUGCAUAGAGAAGGCUUGAAAGAUGAGGACGAUAUCUGGACAGCAAAAGCUUGGGACCUCCGUCUUUGGGUAUCUUAUAGAGGUCAAACACUAUCUCGUACAGUCAGGGGGAUGAUGUAUUAUUAUAGGGCCCUUAAGAUGCUUUCCUUUCUUGAUUCAGCAUCUGAGAUGGACAUAAGACAGGGAUCUGAAAAUAUUUUUUCACGUGGUUCAAGUUCAACAAACCGAAACAGCAAUUUGAAUGGUCUACCCUCAGAUGGGCCUCCAUCUCAACGGAAUAUCAGAAGGGCAGAAAGCAGUGUGUCACUGUUAUUCAAGGGACAUGAAUAUGGGAGUGCAUUGAUGAAGUUCUCCUAUGUGCUGGCAUGCCAGAUGUAUGGGCGCCACAAGGCAGACAAGAAUCCCCGUGCUGAUGAUAUAUUGUAUUUGAUGAAAAAAAAUGAGGCUCUUCGAGUAGCAUAUGUGGAUGAGGUUUCUUUGGGUAGGGAAGAGACUGAAUAUUACUCUGUUCUCGUGAAGUUUGAUCAGGAGUUGCAGCGUGAGGUUGAGAUUUAUCGGGUCAGGUUGCCUGGUCGUUUGAAACUUGGAGAAGGGAAACCAGAAAACCAGAAUCAUGCCAUAAUCUUCACACGGGGUGAUGCACUUCAGACCAUUGAUAUGAAUCAAGACAACUAUUUUGAGGAGGCUCUCAAAAUGCGGAAUCUGUUGCAGGAGUUUAUUACCCCCUAUGGUAUUAAUAGGCCAACCAUUUUGGGGGUCCGAGAGAAUAUCUUCACGGGAUCUGUUUCCUCGUUGGCUUGGUUCAUGUCAGCUCAAGAGACAAGUUUUGUGACCCUGGGCCAGCGUGUUCUGGCAAACCCUUUGAAAGUAAGAAUGCAUUAUGGUCAUCCAGAUGUGUUUGACAGAUUCUGGUUCUUGAGCCGGGGUGGAAUCAGCAAGGCCUCUAGAGUGAUAAAUAUUAGUGAAGAUAUUUUCGCAGGCUUCAAUUGUACGUUGAGAGGUGGCAAUGUGACGCAUCAUGAAUAUAUACAGGUAGGCAAAGGGAGAGAUGUCGGCUUGAAUCAGAUAUCCAUGUUUGAGGCAAAGGUCGCAAGUGGCAAUGGGGAGCAGGUCCUGAGCAGAGAUGUGUACCGGCUAGGUCAUAGAUUAGACUUCUUCCGCAUGCUCUCAGUGUUCUACACGACGGUAGGAUUUUAUUUUAACUCCAUGGUUAUUGUGCUGACUGUAUAUGCCUUCCUUUGGGGCCGCCUUUAUAUGGCUCUCAGUGGCAUUGAAAAGGAAGCCCAGGAUAAUACUUCCAACUAUGAAGCCCUUGGUGCAGUCAUAAAUCAGCAGUUUAUAAUCCAGCUUGGUCUUUUCACUGCGCUCCCAAUGGUUGUUGAGAACUCUCUUGAGCAUGGGUUCCUUCCGGCAAUAUGGGACUUCUUGACAAUGCAGUUUCAGCUUGCAUCACUAUUCUACACAUUUUCUUUGGGAACUCGCACCCAUUUCUUUGGUCGGACUAUACUUCAUGGUGGUGCCAAGUACCGAGCCACUGGUCGUGGUUUUGUGGUGGGGCACAAGAGUUUUGCUGAGAACUACCGACUAUAUGCUCGAAGCCAUUUUGUGAAGGCUAUUGAACUUGGAAUUAUUUUAGUAGUGUAUGCUUUUCAUAGUCCCGUGGCUAAGGAUACUUUUGUAUACAUAGCUUUGACAAUCUCAAGUUGGUUCCUUGUUAUUUCAUGGAUAAUGUCUCCUUUUGUCUUCAAUCCUUCUGGGUUUGAUUGGUUGAAGACUGUAUAUGAUUUUGAAGAUUUCAUGAAUUGGAUAUGGUCUCCUGGUGGACCGUUCAGAAAGGCAGAAUAUAGCUGGGAAACAUGGUGGUAUGAGGAGCAAGACCAUCUAAGAACAACUGGUAUAUGGGGAAAGCUGUUGGAAAUCAUUUUAGACCUUAGAUUUUUCUUCUUUCAAUAUGCCAUUGUCUAUCAGCUAGGCAUUGCAGGUAGAAGUACUAGUAUAGCUGUUUACUUGAUAUCUUGGGUAUACGUUGUUGUGGUUGUUGGGAUUUAUAUCACCAUAGCAUAUGCGCGGGAUAAAUAUGCGACAACGGAGCACCUAUAUUAUCGACUAGUUCAGUUUCUUGUGAUUGUGGUCAUAGUUCUUGUACUUGUCCUUUUACUGGAGUUCACUGGCUUAAAAUUUAUUGAUCUUUUCACAAGCUCAUUGGCGUUCAUUCCCACAGGCUGGGGAAUGAUUUUAAUCGCCCAGGUGCUCAGGCCUUUUCUGCAGUCAACAAUCGUGUGGGAGACAGUAGUUUCCUUGGCUCGGAUCUAUGAUUUGCUGUUUGGUAUUACUGUUAUGGCUCCUGUGGCACUGCUCUCAUGGUUGCCUGGAUUUCAAUCAAUGCAAACUAGGAUUCUCUUCAAUGAAGCUUUCAGCAGGGGUCUCCAGAUAUCUCGAAUACUUAGUGGCAAGAAGUCUGCUUAAGACUGAGUGUCACCAGAAGAGGUCACCUAAAACAAAAGGUGUAGGCAUUGCCGCUUGAAAGAUGCAUUUCUGUAAUUUCCCAGGUAGGAGUAUCAACUUGAUAGUGGACCAGAACAAGUUACUAAUUUCACGCAGAAGAUUUAGCGCCACAUAUGGAAAGUCAGGGCUCGUUGUACUGCCAUGAUGAAUGGAUGCCUCCUGAUAAAUCCAUGUAUGUUAUGCAAUGUCGAAGACCUAAAGUGUUAGCCUUUUUUACAUGACAGUGGUAGCUUAUGUUAUGUUAGAUAACUUAUCAUUCUCGUUGGCACAAUCUAUUAGGGAUUGUGAUGAUCUUCUACAUUAGUACAUUACCAUGCUUCCCAUUGCAGAUUUUCCUGCAACAGUUUGUGAAUUUCUGUAGUUUAGUAUUGACAAUCGACUUGCUGUAUAUCUUGUCCAUAUCUUAAUGCAACCCACUCUAACCACCAAAUAUUUCGUUUCCA